AUGGAACAAUGGAGUGAUUACAAAGUGUAUUACAUUCAAAUGGAGUUAUGUUCCCAUAGUAUGCAGAAUAUUCUUCAACACAAACCACAACGUUCAAAAAGAGACCUGAAACCCGACAAUAUAUUAGUGGCGAAGACUGUAAGGAAUGGCAGAUAUUUAAAAGUGGCUGACUUUGGGUUGGCGACAUUGCACUUCAUUGCCUCUGGAAAUCAUACCACAGGAGUGGGAACUCUUAAAUACAUGGCACCGGAAUUUCCCGAUUGAGUUGAAUAUUUACUCAGGAUAUAAAAUAUACGACAAAUUCAUUAAAUUGGAUCAAAUCAUUGACUCAAUGAGUGCUGCAAUUCAUAGCACAAGACCCGAGUGUUCACAAGUAUUAUCAGAAUAUAACUUAUGGUCUAUUCAUGAGAAUUGUCUCAAAACUGAUCCCACAUUUGAUUCCACACUAAAUCUUAUUCAACAAAACGAUUACAAGUUUAGUGCGGAAUAUUUUAAAGCAAAAUAUGAAGAAAUUG